AUGAAGUAUCUAGGCCUGACCCUCGACAGCCACUGGACCUUCGGCGCUCACUUCGAGCGCCUGGCACCGUCUGUUGAGGCGACGGCGAACGCCUUAGGACGUUUGCUGCCUCGGCUGGGCGGACCCGACGUCGGAGUGCGUCGGCUGUACGCCGGCGUGGUGCGAUCGAGGCUCCUCUACGGAGCUCCGAUCUGGGCAGAGGAUCUGAUGACCAACCGUCACAAUCUCCUAGCGAUCAGGAGCCUGCACAUGACGGUGACCAUCAGGGUAGUGAGGGGCUUCCGCAUCAUUUCGGCGGCAGCAGCGGCGGUGCUCGCCGGGUUUCCCCCGUUCGAAUUGCAGGCCUUGAGGUGUCGCGAGAUUUAUCUCCACAUUCGGGGUAUGUCGGGCAGGGUGGGCCCGGCGGGCGCAGACGUCAGGGUUCGGGCUCGGUGGGCUUUGCUCGACAGAUGGCGCGCCAGCCUCGACACGAGAGCGGGUGCGCCGGGGAUGAGGAUCCUUGGGGCCGUCCUUCCAAACUGGGACGUUUGA